AUGCUCUGCGGAAACAGACACCCCUUGCAACGCAACCGACCCGACGACAUCAAGAUACCGUGGCACAAUGCAGUUAGACAGUAAACGGAAGAAAAUGGACUAAUUCGCCGCUUCAGACGAGGCGAGGGGUUGUUUAAGCUGUUGUCUGCGUUCCGCAUUUUUUUUCUUUCAGUUCGUCUUACUAUAACGACGCGCUAACGUUAGUUAGCUAACUACAUUACCUCUAUAGCUAGCCGUUGGAUAGCACUUCAUAAUGUGAGGCUAGCGGAGUAGCUAACAUCUACUCAAAUUUUAUGUCGCUCUUUCUUUUGAGGUCACGGUUUAGAUAAGCAGGUUCUGGACAACAGGCAGUCUGUGGGGGGCGAGGGCUCACAUGAGGAUGACUUAGCAGAACUCUGGGUGAAGUAGUUAAAUUAGAAAGGCCUCGUGUUAAAAAAACAGUAAAAGCAGCGACUGUCAGGUCGACAUCGGUUACAGAUUCACGUCUCAAGAUAGGAAACUCCAGUGUAAAAUGAGGGUCAUGGAGAGAAAUGUGAUGCGUCUGGUAGCUGUCCAACAUCUCCGCUCAGCGUUUGGGAUAAAGACAAAGAACUGGAACAAAAACAAAACAGCAAGCUGUAAGGCAACAAGCAGCAUCUCGACAAAGAUUUUCGGAGUGUCCCUGGAGAGUUUACCAUACUAUAAUAUGGAAUGUGGAAGUGUGCCAAGCUUUCUGGUUGACGCAUGUAUGGUACUGCUCGCUCAUGUCGACACAGAGGGCCUGUUCAGAAAGUCAGGAUCUGUUAUCCGUCUGAAAGCACUCAGGGCUAAAUUAGAUGCAGGAGAGGAAUGCCUGUCCUCUGCUCUUCCUUGUGAUGUGGCUGGGCUGGUCAAGCAGUUUUUCAGGGAGCUGCCAGAGCCAGUACUGUCCACAGAGCUACAGGAGGCCUUUCUGAAGGCCCAGCAGCUCCCAACACAAGAGGAGAGGACCUCUGCCACCAUGCUGCUGUCCUGUGUACUGCCUGACAGAAACCUGAGUGUGCUGCGACACUUUUUUGACUUCCUCAAUAAUGUGUCUAAGAGGAGUGUGGAAAAUAAGAUGGACAGCAGUAACUUGUCUGUAAUUUUGGCUCCCAACCUCCUUCACUGUGGUGACGGUACAGAGAAGAUAAAUGCCAACACUGAGAAACGAUUGAAGCUACAGGCUGCCAUUAUCCAGUGCUUCAUAGAGAAUGCACACAGCUUUGGUGUGUUACCACAGUUCCUUCAAGAGAAGGUUCCAGGCAUUAUGGGCUGUGAUGCAGCUGUUAUGUCCCCAACUCAUGAAGGACUGGAGGAGUUGGACUUAAAUACUGGGAUGAAGAAGAGACACAGGCGCAGCUUUGGAGAUAUGGUCAAUGGUGCUCUGAAUAUGAUAAAAACUAAUAGAACCCCCACAAAAGCCCCGCAGUCAGACAGUCUUGUCUUUUCCUCUGCAACUCCUGUGAUUGCAACACCGACCUCAAAGAGAAAGCUUCCUUUGGAGUCUGGUCACUCUUUUGGAUUCUCAAACAAGAAACGUAGAUCGGUCAAAAAGAACCUUGGCAUAGAUUUACUCCCCAAUACUUUGUUCAGUGGGACGUCCACUCCUGGAUCAGCUUACAGUGCUUCUGGGGUCUUGGACACUUCCCACAAUGCCCUAUCAUCAGCAGGAAGGACUAGAAGACAGUCGGCUACGUCUGUGAGGAGGAAGAGCCGAAGACUUAGCAGCAGACAUGCUGUUCACAGAGUUGAAUCCGGAAGAGCUGGCUGCUUUUCUCCUAAAGUCGACAAAAAAGAAGCUCCACGCAAAUCUCUGCGUCUGCGUUUCAGCCUGGGGAAAAACAGCAAAGAGGCUGGAUCUGAGUCCAUCGGCUUGCGACUUGCCACUCAGGAGAGCACCACCACUUUCUGUUUCACUAAAGAGACAGAGUUCAGUCCCUCAGUCGUGCCUGGAAAAGUAGAAUCAAAAAACUCAAAGUUCAUCAGUAAGUCUGAGGACAACCUGCUGACCCCUCAGUGUAACUCAGGAGCAUACGGUGCCUCAUGGAUUGGGGGGUCUCCAGUAGGUGGAGGGUCGUUCACUGACACCCCUAUGAACAUGCGCCUUAAGAGCACCUACGUGUCUGAGCCGGUCAUAGUGCUAUCAAAGCCUCCAGUGGUGGCAAACCUUCCUAAGAAGCUUUGCUGUGCCUCCAGCGCUGAGAGCCUGGAGAGCGAGAGCUCCAUCGCUGAAGCACAGAGCUUAACUGGCCCUACCCUGCUCAAAAUUAAGACAGCCUUCACACAGUUGAGCAGUGACCUCCAGGUUGUCGUACAGGAGCCCGUCCUCUCCACAGAAAUACAUGCAACACAACCACAAGACUGUGUCGCAGUGCCACCACCAGAGACUCCCACAGAUAAUGUUCUGUCUAUAGAUAAAGAGGCGCCCUGUUUCACCACCCAGCUUGAUCAGAACAUCACCUUCGGUCAGAUUGAAAUCGCUGCUUUGUCUCCUUUGCAUAUAGACACUGUUGAUUUCGAGUCUGGUGCGUUCAGUCCGGUAGUGAAGGGUGAUAAAGAGUCUUCGAGUCUUGCUCCCAUCAGCGGCAACAACAGCUCCACAGUGGAGGAGGUGGAGCAGCUGAACUGCAGCAGGUUGAUUGAUGCCCUGGACAUCCACAGUCCCGCUCUCUUCAAACUGGGCGUCUCAUCUGGACUGCAGUCAACUCCAUACAAGCUAGAUUUGGAGCAAAGAGAGAUUGGUACACCAGCCUGUCACAGUGUGGUACAUGAAGAAAGUGAAUCUUCCCAUGAGAUUGCUACAGAGGUCCAAGCCCAGCAGCCCCUCUCACCUCGCAGCCUGGAGAAAGAAAAGCGCCGUGUUGCAGAUCACAUUCAACACUUCAACAGGCUCACCCUUCAUUCACCCAAAGGACCAAUGGGCAAACUAAUCAGAUCACCGCUGAAGUUCCAGCGCACCCCGGUGCGGCAGACUGUUCGCAGGAUGAACUCUCUGCUUGGGGAGAGCAGGAGGCCGACGAGAAGCAUGGAGCUCACCAUCGGCCGCACCACUCAAGUGGUGAAGACGGUGAGCCUGGAGAGUGGACUCUCCCCUCACCCAGAGCUGAAGCCACUGCAGAGAGAUGUGGGACUGUCGAAAAAGAUGCCGCCUCCUGUCCCACCUAAAAAGCCAAGCACCCUGGCUCGUAAAGCUUACGCUCUGGGCGAUGUCACCAACAAAGUCCAAGCUAAGACCAAAGCAGACUUCUGUGUUUCCAAUCCAGCUACAGCUCAGAAGCCUCUGGUGCAGCAGGUCGCAGAAAAGGACAUGAACCAUUACAGAGGCUCACCUAGAAACCCUCUGGUCCAAACACGCCUGCUGUCUGCCACCAAGCCUGUCGAUUUAUAGUCCCAAACCUGACUCUAAACAUUCCUUCUCAUAUAAUCCACAUUUUCAGGGGUUUUAAUUUAUUUGUAGCUAUGCUAGGUGCUGUUUGUGUUGCGCAAGGGCCUUAAUGGGAGAUGUUCAUAUGCCUUAAGUUUGUUUUACUUCAGUGAAACAAGUUUACAAGUCAAAUAAUCAACACGUCAGCCUAUAAAAAUAUGUUCUAGACUAGUGUGCAGGCCAAAUGAUCUGAAAUGUGAAUGACGGUAUGACUGGAAAUACUUGGACUUAGACUUAGGCUUUUAUUUAUGCAUUUUAUAUCUAAUCUUAGUUGCUUUUUUAAAAAGAAAAAAAAUGUUUACUUCAGUUGAAUAUUUCUUUGAUAACAAUAUUUUCAUACUAUUUUUCUUAUGAGAAAAUAGGAAAAUGUGCACCUUUGAUUGGAUUUUAAGAAAAAAAAGCCAAGCAGUAUUGAUCAUUGUCCUUUAUAGACAGAUUGUAUGCACUGUAUUGAUUUCAAAGCAUCAACCAGUUCAAGUGCUUUACCGUGCUCUCUGCUUCACACAAAUAAAACUAA